AUGACGUCGACUUUGGUUGACAUCACGGACGAGCCUAAGUUCUCGCUCCGCAAGCAACUACGAGAAGAACGCCUUGAGCUUACAUUAGAUGGAAGCUUUGUACGAUGGAUGCGAAACAACCCUCAAUACCCACGAAAUUGGUCUACGACUCGGAAAAUCUAUGACACUGGGCUUGUCUGCAUAUUGGAUCUUUUUGUAACUGCCAGCAGCACUGCAGGCGCGGGCGCUGCAGCAAAGGCAAAGGAUGAAUACCACCUGGAUUCAACCGUUGCAAUAUUCUGUUUCGUUACACUUUUUCUUCUUGGCCAGUCUUUAGGCAAUGUUGUUCUUCCUCCAUGGUCCGAGUCUUUUGGUCGCAAAAGAAUUUACAUAAUAAGUAGUGGCAUUAGCUGCAUAUGUUCUGUCACCAUUGGCUUUUUGCAUUCUCUACCGGGUGCAAUUAUUAUGCGCAUUCUUGCUGGGAUAUUUUCAGCUGUACCUGCCACCGUUGUUGGUGGGACCAUUGAGGAUCUCUUCGACACAAGAGCCCGCAUCUGGGUCGUUUUUUUCUGGACCAUCGCCUCAAAUAUUGGCUUAAUCAUAGGUCCGAUUAUGAGUGCAUUCAUUAUUGAAGCCCUUGACUGGCGAUGGGUGUUUUAUGUCUACGCCAUUAUCCUUGCCGGUAUUACGGGUCUUUUAUGCUUCAUCAGAGAAUCACGAUCAUCCUGCGUUUUGUCCUGCGAGAUAAACCGCUUGCGCCAGGUUAUUCCAAAUAUACCACCACCGCUUAAUCACGACCAUUCUCCCGAUAUGAGGACUUUCGUCACAGAAGCUCUCUUCAGGCCUGUUCAGCUGUUUUUCCGAGAGCCCAUCAUUUUUGCUAUUUCCAUGAUGAUCUCAGUCGCUAUGUCUCUUAUCUACAUUUUCACCGAAGCUCUACAGCCAAUAUAUGAGUCCAUGGGAUUUACUGCUUCUCAAGCCUCGUUGAUCUUCAUGGCUAUUGGCCUUGGUACAUGUGUCAGCACCCUCACCAGGAUUCUGGAUUGCUACAUCUACAACAGCCGACGAAGCCGAAACCUGCCUAUAAAGCCUGAGCACAAACUCGCGGGAUUAGCAAUUGGUGUACCAUUUUUGGCAAUCGGUUUAUGGUGGUUUGGGUGGACGAUCCCGCCCAAAGUUGAGGGGCCAAAUGUACCCUGGAUUGUCCCAACCCUUUCUUUAGUCCUGGUCGGGUAUGCCCUGACAGAGUUAGAUACCGUCUUGUACGCGUACAUAUCGGAUAGCUAUCUGAGUUACUCGGCAAGUGCUACCGCUGCAGUCGCGUUUAUGAGAGGAUUGCUAUCUGCAACCUUCCCGCUGUUCACAAAACAGAUGUUCAGCAAACUGGGAGCCAAUAUCGCUAUGUCCAUAUUGGCGACCGUAGCAACGAUCUUUUGCAUAGUUCCACCUUUGUUUUUGUGCUAUGGUGAGGAGAUACGGCGGCGGAGUCACUUUGCAAAGUACAGUUGGGAGAUUCAAGACGAGAUGGGGAAAGAUGAAGAUGAUAUUUAA